UCCACCGAGCCCUUCGGCGUCCUCGCAAAUCUGCAAAGAGCCCAACAAGGGUUUUAGAGGACAACGGACCCCGUCGAUGGCGGCGACGGCUGGCGGCGCGCGGCGAGCCCUCGCGGCGCUGCGCUCCGGCUCCCAGUCUACUAUCUCUGCAACGCUAUCCCGCCAGGCGGCGGCUCGCUCUCCGGAGCUGGCGGCGGCGUCCCUGCCGCGCGCCUCUCGCCGGCGCCUCGCGAUCUCGAGGGUGCCGGUUGCGGCGCUCGGCGGCGUGCAGGGUUCGCUGAUGCCGAUGCACAACGCCACCGCGUCGGCGCUGCUCACCUCCAUGCUCGGGCUUAAGCCUGGCUCUUGGGGCUGGCUCUCCGAAGGAUUUGCUACACCCCUAUAACAGGAAUGGUGUAUCCGUCACAAGAGCCUGUUUUCACCUUUGUGCUAGAGGAUUCCAAUAACACUUUUACGUGCCUUGCGGAGUACACCCUUGGACUUUUGCUUUUGGAAUCUGUACUAAAAUUUGCGACCAAAUACUUAUGGUCUCAUGUGCCAAUUUUCUUAAUUCUAUGAUAUCGAUCCCUUGAAUUAUUCGUAUUCCAUGUUA